AUGUCUUCUAAGAAGAACCGAAAGAGGCUGAACCAAAGCGCGGAGAAUGGUUCCCUCUCUCUCUCUACGAGUUCUUCUCCUGCUGGGGCCUCGGCUCCUUCUGCUGGGCCAGGCUACUCUGCGGCGGCCGGGACUCUGGUGGUGACCAACUUCAUAGAAAAGGUGGAUGACAAAGUUCCGAAAACAUUCCGAAAUUCCCUUGUUCAAUUUGGACUCACCACUAUGAAAUCUGCAAAUGUAUGUAUAGGUCGGCCAGUGUUGCUUACAAGUUUGGAUGGAAAGCAAGAGGUGUACAUGGCCUGGCCUGUUUCAGGAUUUCCUGGAGGCAAAGUUGGCCUGAGUGAAUUGGCACAGAAGAAUGUGGGCGUGAAGCCUGGUGAUGUCAUCCAGGUUCAACCUAUUGUUGGUGCUGUGCUACAAGCUGAGGAAAUGGAUGUGGCUUUCAGCAAUAAAAAUAUAGAAAUUAAUGAAAAAGAGCUGACUGGUUGUCUUCUGAGAAAGCUAGAUGGCAAGAUUGUUUUACCAGGCAACUUUCUAUACUGUACAUUCUAUGGAAGACCAUGCAAGUUGCAAGUGUUGCGAGUGAAAGGAACAGAUGGCAUAAUACUGGGAUGGCCUGAGAAUGACCGUGAUAUUAGUGCCCAGGGAUUGACCUCUGAACACUCUAGCCUGGAAACCAGUAGUCUGGAUAUGUCCUUACAGCUGAGUCAGUUACGUCUGGAUGAUCCCCAAGGCCCGGCAUCAAGCAGUACUCCUUGCAAACCAGUGAAUGACAGCAUUAGGAAUAAAGCUAAUGAUAUUUUGUUGGGUAUUGCACAGAGUCCUAAGGAACCUAGUGGACUUGGGCUAGAGGAAGUCACAGGUCUUAGAUGUAGUUCUGAGUCUGCCAGAGAAGGAAAUGAACAGCCUAUCAAUGAAGAGAGAUUGCUAAAAUCAGUCAGCAUGGGAGCAAGAUUCAACACGGAUAAUUUUUAUUUUAUUUCUUCAACAACAAGAGUCAAUUUUACAAAAAUUCAUACGAAUUCAAAAGAGCAAGACAGCCAAUUCAAAGUAACUUAUGACAUGAUAGGCGGCUUGGGUAGCCAGCUGAAAGCAAUUAGAGAAAUAAUCGAAUUGCCUCUCAAACAGCCUGAACUUUUCAAGAGUUAUGGAAUUCCUGCCCCUAGAGGAGUUUUACUCUUUGGCCCUCCAGGUACUGGAAAAACAAUGAUUGCCAGGGCUGUUGCUAAUGAAGUUGGAGCUUAUGUUUCUGUAAUUAAUGGGCCUGAAAUUAUUAGCAAAUUUUAUGGUGAGACUGAAGCAAGGUUACGACAGAUAUUUGCUGAAGCCACUCUGAGGCACCCAGCAAUUAUAUUUAUUGAUGAACUAGAUGCACUUUGCCCUAAGAGGGAAGGGGCUCAGAAUGAAGUUGAAAAAAGAGUUGUAGCUUCACUCUUAACACUAAUGGAUGGCAUUGGCUCAGAAGGAAGUGAAGGACAAGUGUUGGUCCUUGGGGCCACUAAUCGUCCUCAUGCUUUAGAUGCUGCACUCCGACGACCUGGCCGAUUUGAUAAAGAGAUUGAGAUUGGCGUUCCUAAUGCUGAGGACCGUUUGGAUAUUCUCCAGAAGCUGCUUCAAAGGGUACCCCAUCUGCUCACUGAAGCUGAACUACUGCAGCUGGCUAAUAGUGCUCAUGGAUAUGUUGGAGCAGACUUGAAAGCCUUGUGUAAUGAAGCAGGUCUCUGUGCUUUGCGAAGAGUACUAAAGAAACAUCCUAACUUCCCUGAUAGCAAGGUGGCUGGAUUGGUGAAAGUUACUUUGAAUGAUUUUUUGAAGGGGAUGAAUGACAUCAGACCCAGUGCCAUGAGAGAGGUAGCAAUUGAUGUCCCAAAAGUAUCAUGGUCAGAUAUAGGAGGACUGGAAAAUAUCAAACUGAAAUUGAAACAGGCUGUGGAGUGGCCCUUGAAACAUCCAGAAUCUUUCAUACGAAUGGGUAUUCAGCCACCUAAAGGAGUUCUUCUGUAUGGACCACCUGGAUGCUCUAAGACAGUGAUAGCAAAGGCUUUGGCCAAUGAGAGUGGACUUAAUUUCCUAGCUAUAAAGGGGCCUGAAUUAAUGAAUAAAUAUGUUGGUGAAUCUGAAAGAGCAGUUAGAGAGAUCUUCCGAAAAGCGAAAGCAGUGGCUCCUUCUAUUCUUUUCUUUGAUGAACUUGAUGCCUUAGCAGUUGAAAGAGGCAGUUCUUCAGGUGCUGGGAACGUAGCCGACCGUGUUUUGGCUCAGCUCUUAACAGAAAUGGAUGGGAUCGAACAACUAAAGGAUGUGACCAUUUUGGCAGCUACUAACCGCCCUGAUAGGAUAGACAAGGCUUUGAUGCGGCCUGGGAGAAUUGAUAGAAUCAUCUAUGUGCCUUUACCAGAUGCAGCAACAAGAAGGGAAAUUUUUAACCUGCAGCUUCGCUCCAUGCCAAUUAGUGAUGGUGUUGACCUGGAUGAACUCAUCCUCCAAACAGAUACAUAUUCAGGAGCAGAGAUUAUAACUGUGUGUCGAGAGGCAGCCCUUCUGGCUCUGGAAGAAGACAUUCGAGCCAAGUGCAUUAUGAAAAGACAUUUUACUCAAGCCUUGAGUACUGUAACACCUAGAAUUCCAGAAUCAUUGAGACAUUUUUACGAAGAUUAUCAAGAGAAGAGUGGGCUACAUACACUGUGA